UGGAAUUUGGAAUGAAUAAAGAGGGUUUGGUUUUUUUUCCCGCUGCCUCUUAAAUUAAAAUAACCUUCCCAAAAGGUAAUUGGCAGGUCACGUUUUUGGAACGACGCUCCAAACUCAAAACCUAAAACUAGAAGUGACGCAGACUCACUUUCAAACACCAGCUCAAAACCUACUUUUUUACCCUGCUUUUAGUUAUCAUGUUCUUUUCAUAUUUGUGUUUUUAUCCAAAUAUUUUGAAAUGCGUCAUCUGUAUGAAAAGUGUUCCAUCCAUAAAGUUAGGGUCUCGCCUGACUCUACUGUUCUCCAUAGACGCGUGCCUGGCCUGCUGAGACCCGCCAGCAUUUUGUCUGUGUUGUCUUGAUAUGUGGGUGAGAUUCUUCAUGAUGUCUGGGCCCUCUUCCCGCACUUCUCUAAAUAAAUACCAUACGGGCCCAAAUGCCAGCAAUUAGCAGAGCCUGGUCAGCAUGGACUAGUUGGGCCGAAGGGCCUGUUUCCCUUUGGCUUUUUUUACAUACCAGCUCAAAAAAAUGUCUGCGUGGCAGUUUUAAAAUUCCGUUUCUUGAACAAGUACGAAUCCCCCCGCUUCCACCUUGUCUGGCUUGCAGAUGCACUCCGCCAUCGCCGGGGGCUGGGACACCCCGCGGCCGGGCCGGGCCGGGCCGGGCCGGCGAGGGAGCGCUGCCCUGGCGUGUGAUGUGCAGGUGUGCGCUCCGCCUCCUGCGAGCCACAGCCAUUAGUCACGGGUUCAGCUCGCCCUCAGUGUUUGAAUAGGGCAGGGUGCGCCCGGCCGCUCAGGGAAGGGCACAGAUCCAACAUCAGUUCCUCCCGCCCGGCGCGCCGCACACACGCCUGCGUCGAUGCGGCCGAUUACCUGCUCAGACACCAACAGAAAUCGCUGAAGUUCACAAGCAGCAUCCUGAACCAGAGGAAUAAAUGUCAGCACGUUCUCCAGCACUGUUCACAAUACUCCGAGGGAGGGAAGCCUCGCCAAUACCUCGUGAGCGAUGAAGGACGUCUGCCGGGUGUGUGGCACCGAGCUGAAGGGAAACCAGAGGCGAUGGAUCUUCAGUGCCCGGUCCGCGGUGGACCUACGGGUAGUGCUGUCCCACGUGCUGGGCCGCCGGCUUGGCCGAGGCGACGGCGAGGGGGAGUUCCUCUGCGGCAAGUGUGCCGCGGCCCUGGAGAGGCUGCACCGCUUCGACGGCGUCGUCGCCCGCGUGCAGGCGCUCUCGGUGGAGAGGGUGCGCCGGCUGCUGACGGAGAGGGGGCGUCUGGCCGAGCUCCUGCGCCACCUGCACGGCCAGGCGCCGGCCGGCGAUCCGGGAGACCGGGAGCUGGCGGAGCACGACUACGCGUCGUUGUUGCGGGACGACAUGAGCCUGGCAGGGUACGAGUGCUGGUCGGAGGCCAGUGAAGCCGAGGCGGACCGCUGCUCCUGCCCGGACCACCGAUGUCUCGGCUGCAGCGCCUUCCGCGUGUCCGAUUACGAGUACGACGCCGUGUGCCCGGUCCCGCGCCGGCUGGCCCGCGCCCUGGCCGCCGGGCACCUGGCCCGCAGCAAGUCCAUCAGCGAGCUGGCAGGCGCCAGCCACUCCCCUGCCAGCCCUGGGGCCUCCCCCUGGCUCGGCCGUCCAUUCCCGGUGGCCCGAUCCCUCUCCACCUCCUCGCUGGGGGCAGCCAGCUGCUCCGGCUGGGACUCGGACGCGGGCAGUGACAGUCCGGCUUUACCCGAUGACCAGGCUGGGCCCAGCCUGGAGCAGAAUCUGGCAGACCUGGCCCGGCAGCUGGAGGCUGCCUUCUAUCGGCCUGUCCGAGCCCUGCGGCACAGCAGGAUCCCAGUACUGGUCAGGGACGGUGCCAGGCCGACAGUGAGUGGUUUGGACACCCCGAGGCAGAGGCUCAGCUACACUGAUGACGAGGAGAGAGUGCUGGAGAUGUGGGACGAGUACCGACCCCUCAACCUCGAGAAGUUAAUUCAACCCCAACACAAGCCCGGAAUCCCGAGCCAGGUCAACGAGCAGCGAAAGGUGGGAAAAGCGGAGGAGACCCUCGUCACAGAGAAGGAGGCUGGGUGGCGGCCAGAGGCAAACCAGGAGCUCAGCGCUUACACGGGCUGUCGCUUAGUACAGGGGCUGGCCCGCGACCUGCGCAGCAAGGAGCAGCUGUUACAGGAGUGUGUGAAGCUGAUCAACCAACUGUCCAGCAACAAGACCCAAGAUGGCCCAGAGGAUAACGGGAUUAGAACGCUCUGCGUCUGGUUGGACAAACGAGAAGAAGGUCUCGAACAGGCCAGUGAAGAGGUGCUGGGUGUCCUGCAGGAGAUGGAGAGUGAGGCUGAGCGGCUGAAGCAGGCUUUACUCGAGAAGGACAGGGACAUCAGACGUCUGGGUGAAGUCCUAGCUCGCAACGAAGAAAUGAUCAACACGUUAAACGUGAGCCUGGGACAGAAGGAGACGCAGCUUCAGCGGCUGGGCCGGAGCGUGGAGCAGAGCUGGCAGCUGUGGGAGGAGCAGCGAGCCGCUGACCUGCGGGGAUGGCAGGAGGUCCAACAGCAACAGCAGGCCGCUCUGCACAGCCUGACCGGCGAUGUGAAGGCUCUGUCGGAAUCGCUGUUGGCCCGGGGUCUGCCCGAGGGUCCCGACUCCCUGGCUGGUCUGUGCCUCCGACUGCAGGACAAGGAGCAGCUCCUGUCUGAGGCGCAGGCCAAGCUGAGCCGGCAGAAGGAGGACUACGACAAGGUCAUCCAGGAGCUAUCCCGAUCCCUGGCUGAGAAGGACCGGCUGAUCCAGGAGAUUACAGCCCAGGAGGGGCGGGCGCAGGCCUCCCAUGCCCAGGAGAUGAGCCGGGUGUCCCUGGAGCUCAAGGGCAGGGAAGCAGAAAUCCGUCGCCUCUCACAGCUCCAGAGCUCCAGCGCCCGCAGUCACAACGCCGAGCGGCUCCAUCUCCAGGCUCUGCUGCACAGCAAGGACCAGCUCAUUCUGGGGCUGCUGGAGGAUGGACAGUCCAGGGACCGGAUUCUUUCUGAGAUCCAGGAGAGGCUGGUGCCAAAGGUCAAUGUCAAACAAACCCUCUGAGGUCAAAGGUCACAGGUGGCACUGGAGGUCGGAACUGCUGAGCAACUGAUGGAACGAGAGACUCGUCUGUCUGCGGUGCAGGGAGGCCAUCACAUCCAGAGGAGUAACUCAGCAGCAGAGUGCAUCGUUCACCAUCCCUCUCUUGCCCCCCCCCCCCUCGCUGGCCCUGCGAAUGUUGCCCUCCUGUCUCCUGGGAGCUGUGAGACAGGGUGAGGGGUGGGUGGGAAGACUCGGGUGCACUUUGAGUUUGUAACUAAUCCUGAGCAACCCAGAAGCCAGGUCCCAUCCAGUCCACCCACCCACCCCCCACCCCACCUCUAUCUUUGACAACUCUCACUCACUAUUUCCCUGGGUGGACUCACACCAGCCUUGCAAACAUCCAACCUUCAUGGCUCUGAUGCUGGAAAGUAACCAGACCGCCGUUGAAUCUCUGCCUCCCUCCCCCUGCGUUCCUCCGGUGAGAAUAUCUGUGUUUGUGCGUCUGUCCUGUUGGACCUGUGCAAUGACAACCUGGAAACUGCCGUGGGUGGGACAGUGCGCCGUCCAAACCGAUGGCGCUGGGUGGUUGUGGGGGGCGGGGGCUCGAGGUGGUCACAGAUCCCGAGUCCACAGGGUUCGCAAACCUCCGGGUGUAGACUGACACCUGUCUGCCGGUGUCGCUUGCUCCGGGCAUCGACGGGUGAAUCAAAUCUCAGGGAGCAACUGUCAGAUUCCGGGUAACCGGAAUACCGGAAGCACACAGUCAGGAAGCCAGUGGCAGCCCACUGGGGUUUUUGAUGCAUAUCUCUGCACAUGUUCUGUUCCAUGUUAAAUAGGAAAUAAAGUUUAUUGAUGGUUUUUUUUC